AUGCCGGCCGUCAUCCCCACUACCUCGGCGGCGAAACGCACAGUCGCCGAGUGCGACGCAAUCAUGACUGCACCUGGCUCACCAUUGGAGAUGAUAGACACGAUCAUUGACGGCCAGAAACACAAGGCGUGGAAACACAACCCUCAAACUUAUCGUGACUACCUGACCCCACUGUUCAUGGGGUGGAAGGACCGGGUGUUCCUCUCAUCGCCCCUCCCCGAGCCCGCCGAAUACGACGACCGUGAACACGUCACGUACGGCCAAGUGUACGGCCGUGCAGUGCAGUCCGCGGCGUGGCUCCGUUCAAAAGGCGUAGGGUAUGGCGACCGAGUUGCGGUUGGUGGUGGGAACAGUACGGGCUGGGUUGUGUCGUGGCUCGCCAUACUACUUAUCGGCGCCUCGCCAGUGCUUCUCAACGCUACUCUAACCGACGACGCACAGGUUCACUGCUUGGGUGUGUGUACGCCCAAGCUCGUGCUCGUCGAUUCCAAGAUGGCUCAGCAGUUGGCGCACCUCACAGUUAAGCUUAGGGCCAAAAAUGUCGGCCCGGUCUGGUGCUGGUCGUCCGCCGCGCACCUGGACAAUGUGCGCGAUAACGUCAGUGAGAUCCGAGACGUCUCGGCCCAACUCGUCAAUGACGUCCUCCAAGGUCGUGGUGGAGGCGUCGAACAACUUGACGGCGAUAGUGACGGCAUCAUCUUCUUCACUUCUGGAACAACAGGAUACCCCAAGGCUGUGCUCUCGACCCAGCGCGCACAGCUACACGUCGUUCUCUCCGGUCUCGUCCCGCAUGUUCGCGCCCUCCUCCGUGCGGGAGGAAAUCUGGCUGAUCUGGCAAUGCCGACCGAGCAGUCUACAACACUCCUCUCCAUCCCCCUCUUCCACGCCAGUGGUUGCCUCUCGACCCUCAUCGCAGCCAUCAAAGCCGGAGGCAAGCUCGUUUUCCAGCGCCGCUGGAGCGUCCCUGAUGCUAUCAAGCUCAUCCUCGCCGAGAAAGUCGGCACGAUCGGUGGUGUGCCCGCCAUCGCAACCGCCAUCCUCCAAUCUCCCCUCCUUCCCAAAACCCACCAGUUCGCAUCAGUAGGUUAUGGCGGUGCGCCGCCCGCCAAGCGCCUGGCCAGCGACUUGAAUUCACGUUUUCCCAACGCAGUGGUUGGCCAGGGAUGGGGAAUGACCGAGACGAAUGCGCCCCACUGCAAUGUCAACGGACAAGACUAUCUCGAACGGCCAACGAGUAUUGGCCCCGUACUUCCCAUCUGCCAAAUCAAAAUUGUCGACCCCGAAACGCGCAAAGAACUUCCUCAAGGACAGGCCGGCAUCAUCCUAGCUCGAGGGCCAAACAUCAUGAAGGGAUACCUCAACAAUCCCCAAGCCACGGCCGAGGUCCUGCAAAACGGGUGGAUGGACACGGGCGAUGUGGGUCUGAUUGAUCCAGACGGCUUCGUCCACCUCUCCGACCGGCACAAGGACAUCAUCAUUCGCGGUGGUGAGAAUAUCGCGUCGUUGGAAGUCGAGAAUGCCGUGGCGCAGGACGACCGCGUCGCUGAAGUCGCGGCCGUGUCUGUUCCCGACGACGUGCUGGGCGAGCUGGUCGGUGUCGCCGUCUCCCUUGCUCCCGGCGCCGAGGCGACCGAGGCCAGCAUUAUACACAACGUCAUCCCGCACCUGCGAUACCCUGCGCGACCCGUCAUCGCCCUCGUCCUCGCCGACCCACUUCCGCGCAACGCAAACGGCAAGAUCGUCAAGGCCGAUGUGCGCAAGCUCGUGCGUGCGGCGUACGCGGAGAAGGCACCGAGGGCGAAGCUGUAG